UUCUGUUACUCAUAUGUGGUGCACAACGAACAAGGGGCCGGUGUUCUCAACAAUUAUUUUGUACAGUACUUGAAUCAUGUACGGUAACAAUAGAGGUAUGGACUACUCUUCCCAGUACGGAGCAAGUAGUAGUAUGCCAUAUAGCAUGGACCUCUCUGGUUAUGGAACAAGUGGUGACAAUGAGGGCUAUGGAUCGUCGAUCAUGCAGGACACCUCCUUCUCUUCUUUCCCAAGUGGGAAUGGACAAGCAGGAGGCAUUAAGUACUUCGGAGGGCCUCAAGGAUCUUUCCACAAUGGUCCCGGAAAGAGCAUGGGUGGAAACUAUGGUAGCAGUGGAGUGCAACGUGGCGGGAACCGUGGAGGAAGUGCGGGGCGUGGUAUGGGGCGUGGUGCUACAGGAGGCACUGCUAGAGGUGCUGCAAGGGGCGCUACUAGAGGCGCGGCAAGAGGUGCUGCAAGAGGCGCUGCAAGGGGUGGGGCAUCAGGGCGAGGUGCCACAACGGCAGGAAAUGGCGCAAUCAAAAAGGUAUCUACACCUGGAGUGUCUACAAUGGAUAAAGAUGAAUCGGGGUACCUUCAGGAUCAUGCUGGUCACUUUCCGGAUGAAUACUGGUGUAAGAUCUGCAACGCAAAGACGACAGGACCCAGCAACUACCGACAGCACAUGAAUGGGGUUCGUCAUCAACAGAAUCUCCAGAGCAUUCAACAGGGCGUUGCCCCUCUUAAGACUGGACCUCAGACACCUCGCAAGAGGAAGAUGGAGGCUGAAGGAAUUAUACCUAACAAGAAACGCUUGAAAGAAAUGAUUGCUGGCAGUGAUGAAGCUUUUAUCGGAGUGGAGUACGUGACUGAGAUUCUCCGCGAGGGAUCCGAACCCGAGUACGAUUGUGAGAUUUGUACUUGCCGGACACUACAAGGAAACAUCCUCUUUCAUCUGACAGGAUUCCGCCAUCGGUUUGCGUUCAUUACCAAGCACAAACCAGAUAUUGCGGAGGCCAUCGAAGCAGGAGCCAGAGCAAUGGAGGAAGCAGAAAAAGCCGCUAACCCUCCCGACCCAGCAGCCAGCGUCACCGUAGACAACGAAGGGAAGGAGAAGAAGAAACCUUUGAGAGGGCUGCGGGAGAAACUGAAAGAGUACAUCCAAGAGGUGGCGGCCGAGUUCCCUAUGAAGCCACCCAAGUUUAAAGUCAUUAAGGAUAUGCUUCCGCCAGCUGCCAAGAAACCUGCAUUGACAGCUGUCGCAAGCGGAAGAGGUCGUGGUGGUGCCAGUAGCUUAGCUGGAGGUCGUGGCGGUGCAGGUAGCUUUGCUAGAGGUCGUGGUGGUGCUGGCAGCUUUGCUGGAGGUCGUGGCGGUGCUGGUAGCUUUGCUGGAGGUCGUGGUGGUGCCGGUAGCUUUGCUGGAGGUCGUGGUGGUGCCGGUAGCUUUGCUGGAGGACGUGGUGGUUCCGGUAGCUUUGCUGGAGGUCGUGGUGGUGCCGGUAGCUUUGCUAGAGGUCGUGGCGGUGCCGGUAGCUUUGCUGGAGGUCGCGGUGGUACUGGUAGCUAUGGUGGAGGUCGUGGUGCUGGUAGCUAUGGUGGAGGUCUUGGUGGUGCCAGUGGCUUUGCUGGAGGUCGUGGUGGUGCCAGUGGAUUUGCUGGAGGUAGUGGGGGAUCAAGUAGUUUCAGUGGAGGGAUGAGUGGCUUUGGUGGAGGUUAUGGAGGUUCAAGUAGCUAUGCUGGAAGUCUAAGUGGAAGUCUUAGUGGCCCCAGUAGCUUUGGAGGAGAAAGUUACGAGACAGGAGGUGGUUAUGGACGUGGUAGCGGAAGUGGGAUGAUGGGCAGCAAUAGCAUGGGAAGUGACUAUGGAAGUACAGGAGGGCGUGGUCGAGGGUUGGGUCAGUACUCGGACAACUCGGACCUUGGCGGAGGGUACGACCUACCGCCUCAGAGUAAAGUCAGCUCAGUCAAAGCUGAGCUUGAUAACUACUUGAUGGACACCCUGAAGAAAGACUCGUUGGUCAGCGAUGCCUUCAUCCUGAGGGAGUUUGAACGUCGUUUCGGCACCUCCGUGAGGCGGGGGAGGACGGACAAUUAUGAUGAUGAUGCUGGACCAUCCCAGAGGGAUUCCCAUCCACAGAAUUCACUGUCAAGCUAUUCAAGCUAUAGCAAUUCGGGAGAGUACACCUCCACACAGCCAAAGCGUGAACCUCUGCUUUCAGAGUCUUCACGCACAUCGGAAAAUACGUACAGCUACCAGGGGACGUCGUCGUAUCAGGGGACGUCGUCGUACCAGGGGACAUCGUCGUCGCGUCCACUGCCCAGUAAGGCAAACGCCGAGCCUGACAACAGCCCAAGUGUUCAGCAAAUGUUUGCAAGUCUGUCCAAUUCAAUGAUUGCCAAUGAGGCCGAUGCCAAGCUUGCCAAGCAGGUAACAGACACACUGACCAAGGCUCUGAUGUCGUAUGAGAAUAAAGGAGGGGAGAGUAAUUUGCCCGAGCCUAGCCGUAGGUAUGGAGAAAUGUUGCCGCCUGCCCAAAGAUCACAGUAUGACCGUCCUUCUGUAGGUUACAGUAGGUUAUAGUAAUCUGGGGGUAAAUAUGGGUACACUGCAUACAAACUAGUAAGGCCUAGUGGGUAUAACUGGGUUUACUGUAAGGGAAUGGGUGCAAGGCCUUACUUGGAAUGGGCUUAACUGGGUACACUGCAUACAAACUAGUAAGGCCUAGUGGGUAUAACUGGGUUUACUGUAAGGGAAUGGGUGCAAGGCCUUACUUGGAAUGGGCUUAACUGGGUACACUGCAUACAAACUAGUAAGGCCUAGUGGGUAUAACUGGGUUUACUGUAAGGCGAGGGCGAGCAAGGGUUGUAGUGUUUAGAUUGGUCACUACACAUCUUGCUGAAGUACUCUGGGUUAAACUGCCUACAUUAUGGUGUUAAUGCAGUUUAAGGGAAUGGGUGCAAGGCCUUACUUGGAAUUGGCUCAACUGGGUAUUCUUUACUCAUCAAUGUGGGUAAGUAAUAGGUAUAUCUGGGUACCCCACUACACAUCUUGCUGAAGUACUCUGGGUUAAACUGCCUACAUUAUGAUGUUAAUGCAGUUUAAGGGAAUGGGUGCAAGGCCUUACUUGGAAUGGGCUCAACUGGGUAUUCUUUACUCAUCAAUGUGGGUAAGUAAUGGGUAUAUCUGGGUACCCCACUUCACUUCUUUACAUUUGGUUCCUCGCUAUAUACUGGGCCCAAUUUCAUAGAGCUGCUUAAGCACAAAAUUUUGCUUAAGCAAAAAAAUCCUUGCUUAGUGAA